GCGGCCGCGACCGUUGGCGCUUUCGGCGGGCGCCCGGCGGGAGCCUGCGGCGGCCCGGACAUAGUUUCAGGAAGAAAUGCAGUAGCUUCAAGCAUUCCUGGAAACAUGAAUCUCCUGGAGUAGUGUGACAUGCUUAUGGUCCCGAUGGUUCACCAGGAUGUACAGGGCAGGGGAGCCAGGGCAGCGGCCAUCAGGCUUGGGGCCCCCUCGUGUGCGGAGUGUGGAAGUGGCCCGAGGCAGAGCUGGCUAUGGCUUCACCCUCUCGGGGCAGGCUCCCUGUGUGCUCAGCUGUGUCAUGAGGGGAAGUCCUGCCGAUUUUGUGGGCCUCCGUGCUGGAGACCAGAUAUUUGCCAUCAAUGAAAUCAAUGUGAAGAAAGCCUCUCAUGAAGACGUGGUGAAACUAAUUGGAAAAUGUGCAGGUGUCCUGCACAUGGUGGUCAGUGAGGGAUUUGGCCGCGUGGAGUCCUGUUCCAGUGAUGAAGAAGGCGGAUUGUAUGAGGGGAAAGGCUGGCCGAGGCCCAAACUUGAUUCCAAAGCACUGGGCAUUAAUAGGGCAGAGAAGGUGGUGGAAGAAGUGCAGUCUGGUGGGAUUUUCAGCAUGAUUUUUGAGAAUCCAAGUCUUGGUGCGAGUGGGUCCGAGCCUCCGAAGCUGAAGCAGAGGUCACUGUCAGAGUCGGCCGCUAUGCGACUUGAUGUUGCCCAGGACAGUCUGUGUCCUCUGCUUCCCAGUAUGCUCUCUAAGGAGGAGAUCUCAAAAGUUACUAAUGAUGAUUCUGUGUUCAGUGUGGGGCUGGACAAUCAUGACGACUUUGGACUAGAUGCAAAUAUUUUAAAUGUUGCCAUGGUGGUGGGCUACUUGGGCUCCAUUGAGCUUCCCUCUACAAGUUCCAACUUGGAGCACGACAGUUUACAAGCCAUCCGCGGGUGCAUGCGACGCCUCCGAGCUGAACAAAAGAUCCACUCCCUGGUGACUAUGAAGGUCAUGCAUGACUGUGUGCAACUGUGCACCGACAAGGCUGGGGUGGUAGCCAGGUACCCUGCUGAGAAGCUGGCAUUCAGUGCUGUGUGUCCCGAUGACAGGCGCUUCUUUGGGCUGGUGACCAUGCAGACCAGUGACGAUGGGAGCCUGGCGCAGGAGGAUGAAGGUGCUUUGCGGACAUCUUGCCAUGUGUUCAUGGUGGACCCAGACUUAUUUCAUCAUAAGAUUCACCAAGGCAUCGCACGACGGUUCGGGUUUGCGUGCACAGCUGACCCUGACACCAGCGGCUGCUUGGAAUUCCCAGCAUCCUCACUCCCCGUGCUACAGUUCAUCUCUGUUCUGUACAGAGACAUGGGCGAGUUGAUCGAAGGGGUUCGGGCUCGUGCCUUCCUGGACGGGGACGCUGAUGCACACCAGAACAACAGCACCAGCAGCAACAGUGACAGUGGCAUUGGGAACUUCAACCAGGAAGAGAAGAACAACAGGGUGCUUGUGGUUGACCUGGGUGGGGGCCCGAGCAGACACGGCCAGGGCAGCAGCCCAGGACGGGAAGGUGCUAGUGGGAGGGGCUUGCAGUCCUGGGGCUCACCUUGGAAUGGGGCCUUCUGCCAUGACCCCGAGGUGGGCUCCCCAUUUGACACCAGUCUCCAGUCAGACAGGUUCCGGGACUUAAACAAACAUUCAGGACUAGCCUCUCAUGUGGAGGUUCCCCCAGCCUCUUUACGGAGCUCUGCCCCCAAUCCCAAGAGGGGCAUCACAGGCUCUGGCUGUGGUUUCAACCAGAGAUGGCUUCCAGUCCAUGUGCUCCAGGAUUGGCAGUGUGGACAUGCCAGUGACCAGGAGUCAUACACAGACUCCACUGAUGGGUGGUCCAGUGUCAACUGCAGCACACUUCCCCCUCCCAUGAGCAAGAUUCCUGCGGACCGCUACCGGGUAGAGGGAAGUUUUGUGCAGGCCCCACUUAGUGCCCAGAAGAGGGACUGGUCCAGGAAGGCUUUUGGGAUGCAAAACAUUUUUGGACCCCAUCGGAAUGUUAGAAAAACCAAAGAGGAGAAGAAGAGCUCAAAAUUUGGACGGGGAGUUGUACUGCCCCAGACUUCUCAGCGCACCUCUGCUCGGAGAUCGUUUGGAAGGUCUAAGAGAUUCAGCAUCACUCGCUCACUGGAUGAUCUUGAGUCUGCAACUGUGUCUGAUGGUGAGUUGACGGGUGCCGACCUGAAGGACUGCGUCAGCAACAACAGCCUGAGCAGCAAUGCUAGUCUCCCCAGCGUUCAGAGCUGCCGGCGCCUGCGCGAGAGGAGGGUUGCCAGCUGGGCCGUGUCAUUUGAGCGUCUUCUGCAGGACCCCAUCGGUGUUCACUACUUCUCUGACUUCCUAAGGAAGGAAUUCAGUGAGGAAAACAUUCUGUUCUGGCAGGCCUGUGAAUGCUUCAGUCAUGUUCCUGCACAUGACAAAAAGGAGCUUUCUUACAGGGCCCGGGAGAUUUUUAGUAAAUUCCUGUGCAGCAAAGCCACCACUCCUGUCAACAUUGACAGCCAGGCCCAGCUGGCAGAUGACAUUCUCAAUGCGCCUCACCCAGACAUGUUCAAGGAACAGCAACUCCAGAUUUUCAACCUGAUGAAGUUUGAUAGCUACACUCGCUUUUUGAAAUCCCAGUUGUACCAAGAGUGUGUCCUGGCGGAGGUAGAGGGCCGCACCCUCCCUGACUCCCAGCAGGUCCCCAGCAGCCCAGCCUCUAAGCACAGCAUCAGCUCGGACCACUCCAGCGUGUCCACGCCAAAAAAGUUAAGUGGAAAAUCGAAAUCGGGACGAUCCCUAAAUGAAGAGGUGGGAGAUGAGGACAGUGAGAAGAAACGCAAAGGGGCCUUUUUUUCCUGGUCCAGGAGCAGGAGCACAGGGCGAUCCCAGAAGAAGAAGGAGCACGGUGACCACAUCCAUGAUGCCCCACACACCAAUGGAGGCCUGUACCGCCGGGAGUCGCAGGGCUCCGUGUCCUCUGCAGGGAGCCUGGACCUGUCAGAGGCAUGCAAGACCUCGCCACCUGAGAGGGACAAGGCUACCAAGCACUGCUGUGUCCACCUCCCAGAUGGGACAUCCUGUGUGGUGGCUGUCAAGUCGGGAUUCUCCAUUAAAGAGAUCCUGUCUGGACUCUGUGAGCGGCAUGGCAUCAACGGGGCAGCUGUCGACCUCUUCCUGGUGGGCGGAGACAAGCCCCUGGUGCUACAUCAGGACAGCAGUGUCCUGGCGGCCAGGGACCUGCGCCUGGAAAAGCGCACUUUGUUUCGGCUGGAUCUCGUUCCAAUUAACCGGUCAGUGGGACUCAAGGCCAAGCCCACCAAGCCUGUGACGGAGGUGCUGCGGCCAGUGGUAGCCAAGUACGGUCUGGACCUGGGCAGCCUGCUGGUGAGGCUGAGUGGGGAGAAGGAACCUCUAGACCUCGGCGCCCCUAUCUCAAGUCUGGAUGGACAGCGUGUCAUCUUGGAGGAGAAGGACCCUUCCAGAGGGAAAGUGUCCACAGAUAAACAGAAACCUGUGAAACAACACUCCGCUGUGAACUCCAGCCCCAGAAACCACUCGGCUAUGGGAGAGGAAAGAACACUAGGCAAGUCUAAUUCUAUUAAAAUAAAAGGAGAAAAUGGAAAAAAUGCUAGGGAUCCCCGGCUUUCAAAGAGAGAAGAAUCUAUUGCAAAGAUUGGGAAAAAAAAAUAUCAGAAAAUUAAUUUGGACGAAGCAGAGGAGUUUUUUGAGCUCAUUUCCAAAGCUCAGAGCAACAGAGCCGAUGACCAGCGUGGGCUGCUAAGGAAGGAAGACCUGGUGCUGCCCGAAUUUCUUCGCUUACCUCCUGGUUCCUCAGAACUCGCCCUGUCCAGCCCAGCCCCAGCCAAGGGCUUUAGCAAAAGAGCUGUGAUGGGCUAUGGCAAAGAGGGAACAGCUCAAGCAGUGGAGAGCUGUAGUGACAGCCCAGCAACCAGCCCUGGCUCAGCCCACACCCUCAGCUCAGCCAGUAGCCCCGGCUCAGGCGCUAGCCCCCCUGGACCUUCUGGGACCACUCCACCUGGUCAGAAGCCUCCUGCAGUACCCUUCUGCAUCCCCACUGUGCAGGAGGGCACCACACAGGUCUGGAGGAAGCUGUCACCAGAAGUGGAGGCUGGGGGCAUCCAGACUGUGGAGGAUGAGCAGGUGGCUGACCUGACCCUGAUAGGGGAGGGGGACAUCAGCAGCCCCAACAGUACACUGCUGCCACCACCCCCAAGCCCCCAGGAUAUGCCAGGACCUCCAACACCAGGGGCCAAGGCCCAAGGCAGUGGAAGCCUCCCAGUCAACAGGAUCAUCGAUGUAGACCUCGUCAUUGGCAUGGCACCCAAGCUGGGAGGCGGCAUCCUGGGAGUGCGGCCAGGCCCCUGGAAGGCAAGAGCCAAUGGGCCCCCGAUGUCAAACUGUGCUGGCCUGAGCCCCAUCUCAGGUGAGCCCACCACUACCAAAGCUAGCACACACCAUGCUACCUUUGUCUGAAGCUGCCUGUCCUGACCUUGUGUCCUGGCUGCCCAGCCUGGCCUAGCCUCCAUGCUCACCCCAACACUCCCAGGGAGGCCUACCUGACCUCUUGUGGCAGCAGAGACCUGCACUUUGGCAAUGUGUCCUGGAGCGCCUGGGAGGAGCCACCAAACUAGAAAAGGGUGGGGUUGAUGACUGGAGACUGACCUCGCCACCCCCCCCAACAGCCCUAAUGUUCCUUUCAGCAUUCAUACUGCCCAAUAAAGCACUUCUGAUGACCCACUA